AUGGAUCAAGAGAAGACGGACCGAAUUAUCAAAGACGACAAGGUCGAGCUUCAAGACAGUGAUGCUUGGGACAAGCUUGGAUACUCUUUUCCAACUUGGCGCAAAUGGCAGAUCCUCAUCGUAGUCUUCUUCAUCCAAAUCAGUAUCAACACGAAUGCUUCCAUGUACUCGCAUGCCGUUAGCGCUGUAUCUGAACAUCAUGGCGUCAGCGAGCAAGCAGCCCGCGUCCCACAGGCAGCUUUCUUGAUCGCCUACGGUAUUGGAUGCGAACUUUGGGCUCCUUGGUCAGAAGAGUAUGGCAGAUGGCCCAUCCAACAACUCAGCUUGUUCCUUGUCAACCUCUGGCAGAUUCCAUGCGCCUUGUCGAAGAACUAUGCUACAUAUGUGGUUUGUCGAACGCUUGGAGGUCUAUCGACCGCCGGUGGCUCCGUCACACUUGGCGUACUGGCCGAUAUGUGGGAGCCGGAUGAGCAAGAGUUUGCGGUUGCAUUCCUAGUUCUAUCGUCCGUUGGCGGAUCUGUCGUCGGUGCAAUCAUUGGAGCCUUCGUAGAAGAAUAUAAAUCGGUCGAGUGGAUAUUCUGGGUUCAGCUCAUCAUCGGAGGCUUCGUACAGGCUGUCCACUUUCUCUGCAACCCCGAAACUCGCUCGACGAUCCUGCUGGACCGUGAGGCAAAGAGGCGACGUAAGACGGGUGAAGAUGCGAAUAUUUAUGGUCCAAAUGAGAUCCGAGGCGGUCACAAGAUGAGCUUCAAGGAGGUCGGCACUAUCUUCUGGAGACCGUUCUACAUGUUCUUCACUGAACCAAUCGUCUUAUGGCUAUCUCUCCUCAGCGGUUUUAGUGAUGCCUUGAUAUUCACAUUCCUGGAGUCUUUUGGGCCCGUCUACGAACAGUGGGGCUUUGGUACCGUCGGCGCUGGCCUUGCCUUCAUACCCAUCUUGCUCAGCUACUUCCUGGCUUACGCUUCGUACAUGCCAUCGAUAAUCAAGUUCCGAAAGAAGCGCCGGGUAAAUCCAGAUUCUGUUGCACCCGAAGCUCGACUUUGGUGGUUGUUGUUCCUUGCACCAUUGGAAACUUUGGGCUUGUUUGGGUUCGCCUGGACGUCACUUGGACCGGAUUAUGGCAUUCCUUGGAUCGCGCCUAUGAUCUUCUCGGCGAUGGUCGGCAUGGCAAAUUAUGCAAUCUAUCAAUCUUCAAUCGACUACCAGACCGCUGCAUAUGGCCCAUACGCUUCCUCGGCAACUGGUGGUAACGAUCUUGCUCGUGACGCUCUCGCUGGUAUCGCUUCACUUUACUCCACACCUUUAUACAAGAACAUUCCGGGGCGACCCUUGCAAUAUGCUUCAACGAUCCUCGCCUGCCUUGCUUUCGUGGUCACAAUACCAAUUUAUAUCGUGUAUUGGAAAGGUCCGGAGAUUAGAGCCAAAUCGAAGUUUGCGCAAAGUCUCGACCAAAGCAGGCAUCAAAGAGACGAGAAGAGGAGGAAGAGUAGCCUUGCAGGCAUCGAAGGACCGUUGGGUGAGAAAGAGAAAAAGGUUCAUCGAGAAACUGUGUAG